ACACACUCGCAGCUCUGUUUCUGUCUCUCAAUAUUUAUUUAUACUUUCAAGAAAACUAAAACCAAUAAUCAGAGCAAAAUUUUUCUCUUUUCUUUCAUCGGGGGCGCGAAAUUCUUCUUUCAAAAUUAGGGAUUUCUCUGUUUUCUUCUUAUAAUUGAACAAAUACAGAGGUCGGAAAUGGAGGGCUCGGCGUCCAGGGAUGAGGCUCGAUCGGAAUCGGAGCCGCAAUCAUCGGUGCUGGGACGAAUAGAACAGCUUGGUGAAGGAGACGGGGAAUCGCAGCAGGAGGAGAGAGGAGAAGAUGAGAAUGAAGUGUUGAUAUUGAAGACGCACGAGUUGAUGGACAGAAUCACGGCCAACGCUGAAAACCCUAGCCCUUCUAUUCUCCACGCUCUCGCUUCUAUACUUGAAACUCAAGAAGCCAAAUACAUGGAAGACGUAGGCCAUUCCUCUGCAAACAAUGGUCGAUCUUCUCACAACAUUGGACGUCUAGGGAAUCUAGUUCGGGAAAAUGAUGAGUUCUUUGAGUUAUUAUCAGCUAAGUUUCUAUCUGAAAGUCGAUACUCAGUUUCUGUACAGGCAGCUGCUGCAAGGCUUCUUUUUAGUUGUUCACUUACUUUUGUGUAUCCACAUGCUUUUGAGGAAACUGUUAUGGAAAACAUAAAGGGUUGGGUGAUGGAUGAGACGAUUAGAUUAUCUGGUGAUGAUCAUAACUGGAAAGAUGAAUCAGGAGCGAGGAAAUGCUCGGACUCUGAAAUGUUGAAAACCUAUUCUACAGGACUUCUUGCUGUAUGUCUUGCUGGUGGUGGUCAAGUGGUGGAAGAUGUGUUAACUUCAGGAUUAUCAGCCAAACUCAUGAGAUAUCUGCGUCUCCGGGUUCUUGGGGAGGCAGGCACAAGUCAAAAAGACACAACUUCUCAGAUAGAGAGCAAAAGCUUUCCUGCAACAGCUUGCAUGAGAGGCAGAGAGGAUGUUCGAGGAAGAGUGCGGCAGGCUUUGGAGAAUUCUCAUUUUGAUGUACCUAGAGUACUAGAGGAUGGAAGCAGUGAUGAUCAACUUGCUGAUAAGGAUCUCGAUAGAGGCUUGGGUAGGCCAAUAGAUGAAGAACAUUGGGUGGAUGGAGAGCCACCAGAUGUAUUGGCUGCAGAUAGUGAUAUAUAUGAUGCAGAAACGGAAGGUGAUGAGAAAUGGCAUGCUUGGGACUUACGUGAUGGAAGGACCAAGGCUGGUGGCAGAUCCUCAAGGGAAGAAGAAUCUGAUGACAGUGUUAGAGAUGAAUUAUCACGUCGCAGGACCAAUCGUGGGACUUCAAGAUUAAGAGGAAAGGGAAGGGCAAGUGAAGGUAAUUUGGAUAAUGAACAAUCUUUAACUUCUCCUGGCUCUGCUAUUAGAAUUGGAGGAUUGAACCGGAAUAUCAGGGACAGGAGUGUGCCAAGAAACCAAGAUUUGAAAAAAAAUUCAGACAGCAAGAAGAGCCAAGGACGGACUGUUACAGAUGGUUUUACCUUAGGGAGAGACGAAAGUGAUGACUGUUUCCAAGGCUGUGUAAUUGGCUCCAAGAACAUUGCUGAUCUGGUAAGGAAAGCUGUCGUAGCUGCUGAAUCUGAAGCCCGAGCAGUCAAUGCUCCAGCAGAAGCUAUCAAAGCAGCUGGUGAUGCUGCUGCUGAACUUGUCAAGAGUGCUGCUUUGGAGGAAUAUAAAAAGACAAAUAAUGAAGAAGCUGCAGUUUUGGCUGCUUCUACAGCUGCAUCCACAGUUGUUGAUGCUGCUAAUGCGGUUGAAGUCUCAAGAACUACAACCGCUGCUGAUGGUGAUUCAGCACCCUCAAAAGCUAAAGAAACAGAGACUGAUGAGGAUGUUAAUGAGUUCUUCUUGCUAGACAGUGACUCUCUUGCAAAGCUCAGAGAGAAAUUUUGUAUUCAGUGUCUUGUCAUAUUGGGAGAGUAUGUUGAAGUACUUGGACCUGUGCUGCAUGAAAAAGGUGUAGAUGUCUGUCUUGCAUUGUUGCAGCGAAGCUAUAAACACACAGAGGCAUCAAAAAUUGCUCUACUCUUGCCUGAUGUGUUGAAGCUAAUUUGUGCCCUGGCUGCUCAUCGGAAAUUUGCCGCAUUAUUUGUGGAUCGUGGUGGGAUUCAAAAGUUGCUCGUUGCUCCAAGAGUUCCUCAGACAUAUUUUGGUUUAUCUUCCUGUUUGUUUACGAUUGGCUCUAUCCAGGGAAUAAUGGAGCGUGUCUGUGCACUUCCGUCGAAUGUUGUCCAUCAGGUGGUUGAGUUGGCCCUUCAACUUCUUGAAUGUUCCCAGGAUCAAGCCAGAAAAAAUGCAGCUUUGUUUUUUGCUGCUGCAUUUGUUUUCAGAGCUGUCAUUGAUACUUUCGAUGCUCAGGAAGGAUUACUAAAAAUGAUUAAUCUGUUGCAAGAUGCUGCUUCAGUAAGAUCUGGGGUUCCAUCUGGGGCAAUAAAUAAUGCUGGAUCUCUUCGAAGUGACAGGCCUGCUACGGAGGUGCUUACCUCCUCAGAGAAGCAAAUAGCUUAUCACACUUGUGUUGCACUACGACAAUAUGUUAGGGCGCAUCUUAUUUUACUUGUGGAUUCAAUUCGCCCUAAUAAGAACAUGCGCAGUGCUGCUCGAAGUAUUCCAAGUACUAGGGCGGUGUACAAGCCCCUUGAUAUUAGUAAUGAGGCCUUGGAUGCUGUAUUUCGGCAGAUACAGAAGGAUCGGAAACUUGGUCCUGCAUUAGUGAGGGCCAGAUGGCCUGUUGUGGACAAGUUCUUAAGUGCUAAUGGGCAUAUUACCAUGUUGGAACUGUGUCAGGCUCCACCUGUUGAGCGGUACUUGCAUGACUUGCUUCAGUAUGCCUUGGGUGUUCUGCACAUCGUCACUUUAGUACCAUAUAGCCGUAAACUUAUAGUAAAUGCCACCCUAAGUAACAAUCGUGUUGGUAUAGCUGUUAUCCUGGAUGCAGCCAAUGGCGCUGGUUAUGUUGAGCCUGAGAUUAUUCAAGCAGCACUUAAUGUCCUUGUCAAUCUUGUGUGCCCACCUCCUUCAAUCAGCAAUAAACCAUCAGCUGCUACACAAGGACAUCAGUCUGCACCUGUCCAAUCUUUAAAUGGUCCGGAGACCAGAGACAGGAACUUGGAACGAAGUAUUCUUGAUCGAGCUCUAAGUGUGGCUAGUCAGAAUGAACCUCGUGACCGGAGUGGGGAAUCUACCUUGGUUGAUCGAGGUUCCACUGCCAUAGUAGGUACUUCGUCUGGGAGUAAUACUUCUCAAGUCCCAGUUCCUACUGUAGCUUCAGGAUUAGUGGGAGAUCGUAGAAUUUCCCUCGGUGCUGGAUCUGGGUGUGCUGGCCUUGCUGCUCAACUUGAACAAGGAUAUCGGCUAACCAGAGAGGCUGUUCGUGCCAAUAAUGGUAUCAAGGUUCUUCUUCAGCUCCUCCAACCACGGAUAGUUACCCCUCCUGGUGCCCUUGACUGUCUACGUGCUCUUGCGUGCAGAGUGCUGCUUGGUUUGGCUAGAGAUGAUACAAUUGCACACAUACUAACAAAGCUUCAGGUUGGAAGAAAACUUUCAGAACUUAUUCGUGAUUCAGGGAAUCAGGCCCCUGGUAGUGAGCAAAGUAGGUGGCAGGUGGAGCUUUCACAGGUGGCUAUUGAGUUGAUUGGGGUUGUAACAAAUUCUGGCCGUGCAAAUGCAUUAGCAGCAACUGAUGCUGCUACUCCUACAUUGAGGCGCAUAGAGAGAGCUGCUAUAGCUGCUGCUACGCCAAUUACAUACCAUUCCAGGGAACUAUUGCUUCUUAUACACGAACACCUACAGGCAUCUGGUUUGGCAGAAACAGCAGCUGUACUUCUAAAAGAGGCUCAGUUGACACCUUUACCAUCUUUGGCCACACCAGCAUCCCUGGUUCAUCAGGCAUCUGUGCAGGAAUCUUCAUCUAUUCUGACUCAAUGGCCAUCUGCUAGAGUUCAUUGUGGAUUUAUGUCGGAUAAACUAAAACUGACAUAUCGGGAAGAGCAUUUGGGCUUGAAAACUGAUUCAGCUGUUUCCUGUUUGAAAAAGAGGCCUACGACUUUAUCUUCUCCACAUGGUCUUCACUCUAAAGCUCAGGUUUCUGCUGAGGACUCCCCAAUAUUGUCGAGUGCCAAAAUUAACUUGACUUCUAAAAGAUCAUCUACAGCUGUAAGUGCUCCUGGAACUCCAUCUGUGUCUGCUGUUAAGUCCAGUGGGGAUGUCGAUAUCCAGUGUAAAACUCCAAUUGUAUUACCAAUGAAACGUAAGUUGACAGACUUGAAGGAAUCUGGGUUAAUGUCACCCGGAAAACGACUUAAUACAGGUGAUUAUGCAUUACGGUCUCCAAUUUGUAUUACAUCUGGCAUGCUUCGCAAAAGCAGCCAACUGACUGAUGGAACAAUGUUUUCACCAACUAGUUCUUCUUUAAAAGAUCAUGGCAGAUCAUUGCCAAAUUGUGGACCGGCUGAAGGGGAUGAAAGCCAGUUUAGUGGUGCUCAAUUUAGGCAAAUGGUUCCUACAACCCAGUAUGGACUUACAAAUGAGCCCCAACCAUCCAGCUUGGAACGGUUAACCCUUGAUUCUCUUGUUGUUCAGUAUCUAAAACAUCAACAUCGGCAGUGUCCGGCUCCUAUUACCACAUUGCCCCCUCUCUCUCUCCUACAUCCUCACAUGUGCCCAGAACCAAGACGAAGCCUUGACGCCCCCUCAAAUAUGACGGCCCGCCUUAGUAUGCGUGAGUUUCGAAGUAUGUAUGGUGGCAUUCACGGAAGCCGUAGAGAUCGUCAGUUUGUUUAUAGUAGAUUCAGGCCAUGGCGAACCUGCCGCGAUGAUGCUGGUGCCCUUUUGACUUGCGUUACUUUCCUUGGAGACUCUUCGCAAAUUGCUGUCGGAAGCCAUUCUGGGGAACUCAAAAUAUUUGACACCAACAGCAAUUGUGUGCUUGAUAGCUGCCCUAGUCACCAGUAUCCUUUGACGCUUGCCCAGUCAUAUAUAUCUGGAGAUACUCAGUUGAUUCUUUCCUCCAGUGCCCAUGAUGUGCGGUUAUGGGAUGUAUCUUCAGUUUCAGCUGGGCCCAAGCAUUCAUUCGAAGGAUGUAAAGCUGCGAGGUUUAGCAAUUCAGGAACUGCUUUUGCUGCUUUAUCAACAGAAUCAUCCCAUCGGGAGAUUCUCUUGUAUGAUAUUCAGACCAGCCAAUUGGAUCUAAAGCUUACGGAUACGUCAAACAAUCCAUCAGGUCGAGGUCAUUUGUAUUCUCUUAUUCACUUUAGCCCAUCAGAUACCAUGCUUCUCUGGAAUGGGGUCCUAUGGGAUCGCCGAGGUUCUGGCCCAGUGCAUCGCUUUGAUCAGUUUUCUGAUUAUGGUGGGGGUGGCUUCCAUCCUGCUGGGAAUGAGGUGAUCAUAAAUUCUGAAGUCUGGGAUCUCCGGAACUUCAGGCUUCUCCGAAGUGUGCCAUCCUUAGACCAAACAGUGAUAACUUUUAAUGCUAGUGGGGAUGUGAUUUAUGCAAUUCUAAGGAGAAAUCUCGAGGAUGUUACUUCAGCAUUUCAAACUCGCCGUGUUAAACAUCCUCUCUUUGCUGCUUUUCGAACUGUGGAUGCUGUUAAUUACUCCGACAUUGCUACAAUUCCUGUUGAUCGCUGUGUUCUUGACUUUGCUACAGAGCCAACCGAUUCUUUUGUUGGGUUGGUUACAAUGGAUGACCAGGAUGAGAUGUAUUCCUCUGCUAGGGUAUAUGAAAUUGGUCGUCGGAAGCCAACUGAUGAUGAUUCUGAUCCAGAUGAUGCUGAGAGUGAAGAUGAAGACGAUGAUGUGGAUGAGGAUGAGGAUGAGAUAUUGGGACCAGAUAUUGACGAGGAUGGUGAUAGUGAUGCAGAUGAUAUGAGCAAUGAUGAUGAGAGCGUGAGUGAACUCGAGGAUGAUGAGGAAGAAGACGGUGAUUUUAUAAUGGAUGAUGGGGACUUUGAAGGUGCAGCUGGGAUAUUGGAGAUUGUGGCCGAAGGUGACGAGGAGGAUGAUGAUAGUGAGGUGCUUGAAUCUCUAAGUAGCGGGGAUGAAGAGGAUAUGUUGUGAUUAGAGUGGUAAGAAGAUUAGUGGGAGGGGUCAGAGUAGGUGCAUGCUCCUAAAUGAGCAAAUUUUUGUACACUAUUUGAUAAUUAAACUUUUACGCAGAAUCUUGUAAUCAUCUUUUAAAUGGAUUUUCCUUUUUGUCUUUUAGGGUUUAGAGAUUAAAUAGGGGAAGUUAGAGAUGAUUAUGUUGGGGAAUGUUCAAAUUUUGCGUUGUUAGCUCUGAUUUUCUUAUUAAACUCAAAGUUAGCUAAGGACAACUGUUGAUAUGUUUCCAAGUGAGUUUUUAAUAAACGAUCAUCUUUGCUCAAUGCAACUA